AUGAACACCUACAGGUCCACACUGAGAACAAUGAGGCUGGUCAUCCUCGUGUGCCACCUCGGCCUAAUUCUGAAGACUGAUGCCCAGAUCCCAGAGGCUUGCAUUCUUAGUGACACAAAUAGACCUCCAGAAAAUACGGACAUAACUGUGACCUGUGGCACCCAGUAUAUGGGCCUGAGCAUCUACAUUUGUCCAGUGUACCAAGCUCUUUACAAUGAGUCCCUGAUGGUCCUCAAUAAUCAGAUCAACAAACCCCAGUGCUUUGGGACUCCUGACUGGACUGUUGACCCACCAGUUUUAAAGUUCAAGUUCCCCAUUAAUGGCACCGCCUUCUCUGACUGCAAUAAUUACUUUCAGAUCACCUCUCAGGUUGGGAGUGGAGUAUUCUCUGACUUCUCAAAUGUCCAGUACGUCAACAUCUCCGGUGUCGUUACUUCUAUUGACCCCUCAGCAGGUAUGAUCACCUAUCGGCCACAGAUCCUCUACAAGUUCUCCUGCAAAUACCCGAUGCAGUAUCUGCUCAACAACACUGAGCUUGGCGUAUCAGGUGUGAAUCUUGCCAUAAAAGACAACAAUGGUAGCUUCAUCAGCACACUGAGCAUGGAGCUCUACAAGGAUGAGAAGUACACAGAGAGGCUAUCUAUCCCAGAGACAGGACUCAACCUGAAGACCAAAAUUUAUGUCGCAGUCAAAGCUACCAAUCUGACAGAGAGGUUCAACGUGCUGCUGGACAGAUGCUACGCAACUACAAGUCCAUAUCCCAUGCAGUCUACGUAUUACGAUCUUUUUAUAGGGUGUACACGAGACGCACAGACUAAGGUGGAGCUCAACGGCGUGUCACAGAAGGCACACUUCUCCUUUGAGGCGUUCAGAUUUGUGGAGCACAAAAAUCAGACGGUUUCCACUUUCUACCUGCACUGCGCCACCAGACUCUGCGAGGCGUCCACGUGCAGUUCGCUGUUGCCUAACUGUGGAACUCCCAGAAGAAGGAGGGAGGCCGCGUAUGUGCCAGCUAAUGCUACUAUUACCUCUCCUCUAAUCACUGUGGGGAGACAGAGCACUGCAGAUGCCCAGACUUUCUCAGCUUCUCAAGGUCUGUCAGCUGAGAGCGGCUACAGCGGCCCAGUGGUGGCUUUAAUCAUCUGCAUUGUCAUCAUUUCCAUCUUCAUCGUGGCCCUGACCGUUUACCUCGUCCUGAACAUGAGACGGAAAAAAACAAUCAUGCAGUAAUUUUAACCUGACUGAGAGCAGAGUCCCUUUACCUACAGUAUCUCCCACACUGUGAAAGUAACACCUCAUCGUCUACAAAACAUGACACUCAUGUUGCAGAUGUUGCAAAAUAUUACAUGAGUAACAGCAGUGAGAUACUUCUAUUUGGUUUUUCCCAUUUCGCAAAAAUAGCAUCAGAACUUGGUGGACAGCUGUUAUCUAAGCAUGCAACUUUAUAGUCAAUACAAAUUACAUAGAUUCUUAAUGUGGAGAUGGGGGUUCACAAUAUGUACAAUAACUGUCUAUUGACCGUGUGCAGCAGUGUCAUAUUGACGUUAUCUAAUAAAUGGUGGCAUCUUUGGUAAAAGGUUUGAAGCUGUGUAUUUUCCAAAAAAAAUGUACAAUGCUGUAUUCUUUUACGAAACAUUCCAAUAAAUGCUUCAAUUGUGAUCUGUGUUUUGUGGCUGAAAACACUGAAUCAGAAAAGGGUAAAUGUUGGUGUGUAAUGGUGAAUAACUGGCUAACAAUAGUCAUGUUGGAUGGUUGUAAAUUAAAUGUAAAUAAUACAAAGCAAAA